UCACAAGUGCCACUCUGUAUAUCCCGCAAUCGUCGUGGUCAUCACCCUUUAUCACUGGCGCUCUAAUCACAAUCAUAAUUAGCCAAAGCUUUCGAUUUCAUUUAAUUUUCCAUAAUAGGGGAAAAAAUGAAAUUGAUAAGGAAGAGAGGCCCAGUAGUGAUCGAGUCUGCAAAUGAGCACGUAGACAAACAAUCACGGUCAAAAACCUCGCCAACAAUCAGAAAUUCAGAAAUAGCCACAAUUCUGGAAUGAAUUUUCAGCGACAAAAACAAAAAUAAAAUUCUUGCGGUGUGUCCUUGAGUGCAACAGGAACAGUCAGUGUAGCACUACACCCAAUUGGAAUCAACUGUCAAAAACAUCAAUUCAAGUGUCAAGUCAUGUGUAAGUAGUUUAUUAACAAAAAACGUGUAUCAUGUCUAGGAAAACGCAAAGCUGUGUCACUUUUUUGCAGUGACACAAAUAAACACAACGCUGCUUGGGUAUAGCAAAAUCCAAAAACUACUACCGCCCCACGUCCAAAAUUCCAAAAAAAUGUCUUCCCCUAUAAUGAAGUCGCUGGGCACUUUACCCGACAAAUACGAGUCUUUGAGUCUCUCCCUGAGCCCCUCUGACGACCCAAAAUGCGAAAGCGUGCACCUUUUAGACGACCAAGAGCGCCUCUUGAUCAGCACCGAAGAAAACUUCGUCAAACUACUAAAAAUCGACCCCACUCACAAAAUCAAAGUCGUUUCGAUUUUUGGUAACACAGGAGAGGGCAAGUCUUACACCCUCAACCACACAUUCUUCGAAGGCAGGGAAAUAUUCCAAACCUCCCCCUACCAGAACUCUUGCACGAUCGGCGUUUGGGCAAAAUACGACCCCACCUUAAAAAUGCUCUGCAUCGACACUGAAGGCUUCCUGGGGAUCACUAAAAAGGAGCACCAACGCACCCGUCUCCUGUUAAAAAUUCUCGCAAUUUCCGACGUUAUCAUCUAUCGCACGAAAUCAGAGCGUUUGCCACGCGACAUGUACACGUUCUUGGGGGGCGCCUCCAAGGCGUAUAAAGAGCACUUCAGUCCUGCGUUACAAAGCGUUUUGCAAAAGUACGAAGUGGAAAAGACUGCAGCCGCAUGGGGGCCCAGUGUUAUUAUUUUCCACGAGACGCGGUAUACGAAUACUUUGACCAGUAUCGCAGAUGUUAAAAUGUCGCCAGAGGAUAUUUUACGGGAGAAUUUCGCCAAAUUGGAUGAGAGUUGUGAUGGGUUUAGCUCAUUGAAGUACAUUGGGGUGGUAGAUGGGGUCGGGAAGGCGUCGUUUUUGCAAUUGAGGGUUGCUGUGGAGAAGGAGCUCGAAAGUAAUCAAGUGAGGUCGCCGAGGAGCCCCAAAUAUGUCUUUCAUACGCUGAAGGCGUUAAAUGAGAAAUUUCAAAGCCACAUAUCCGACAUCGCCCCCCAGCUCUACCUCUCGGCGUUUUUCACGUGCCAAGACACAUGUUUAUCAUGUGGGGUGGGUUGUACUUUAUCAAUGGGUCACAAAGACGACGAUGAACCACACUUGAAUUUAAGCAACUGCAAGCUCCAGCAUCAAUACCAAAAUUUCGUUUAUCUUUGCAAAAAAUGUUACGAAAACGGCCGAAAGCAAGUAGUUGAACCAAGCUAUCAAGGAAAAAACGAACAGUUCUGGAGCAGCAUUAUCUCAUCAGUCUGGUCGGGUUAUGUAAUCGAAUGCCCAACUUGUGGUAAAAUCUACCAAAGUCGGGAAUACUGGUACGGUAAUAAGGACCCGAAAGACGAGGCUGUGGUAAUUGACAUUGUCCAUGUCUGGCCAGGGGAAAAACACCAUUUUCAGCAUAAAUCACUGCUGGGGUCCCAAAAUUCGGCCCAGAAAGUCCUAGAUGGGGUCACUAGCAUCAGUAAUGUAGUAGCCAGCGUUGGAUCUCAGCCCACUAAGAUGAUAAGUGAUUGGGUGACCGAUCAGAUCGCCCCCGGCUACUGGCGACCCAACAACGAAAUUUUGGAGUGCUUCAAGUGCAAGACAGCGUUUGAGUCGAAUGCUUCAAAGCACCACUGUCGCGCCUGUGGGGAGGGUUUCUGCGAGGGUUGUUCGUCCAAAAGCCAGCCGGUGCCUGAAAGGGGUUGGCAUGAAGACGUGCGAGUUUGUGACGAUUGUUACAAGGAGGAGACGCCAACUAUCAACCACGUGGCCGAUGGCACGGAACUUCGCAGUCGGAGAAUAGGAGAAAGCGUUAUAAACUCGAUAUCAGUCGUUAAGUCGAUUCUGGACAAGCCGAAAGAACUGAUAAAGGAAACUGCAAGGCCGGCGUACUGGACGCCCGAUAACGAAUGCAGAAACUGUGCAGUAUGUGAGAAACCGUUUGGGGCGCUUUUGGGGCUGCACCACUGCCGGGAUUGUGGUAAGGGGGUGUGUGAUAAAUGCUCGACGACGCGGAAACCGGUGCCACUGCGAGGGUGGGAAACACCAGUCCGAGUUUGUGAUAAAUGUUCAAGUUAAGAUGCUCAAAAUUUGUUACAAGUCUGAGUAAGGACACAGUAGCUUUCGAUAAAGCAUUUACGUAGGUUUGUACUUUUAAUAAAUCCGUGUGAACGUCCUUGUGUGGUCUUUUUUAUUUUAUAGGGUUAUGGAAAUAUACGCCGGUUAGAGAUUAUGCUUGUUAAUAACUUAUAGUUUAUUUUAUUGUGACAGAGUGAGUGAUGUAAUAUUUACCUCGCUCAGUUUUUCACUAAAACGGUAUUUUUUAUUAGGUUUCGAGUCACAGAACUGUAUCCCUUAGAGUAUUUCAAUAACACAAAUGUGUGCUUUUAUAACAAGUCCAAUUGUCAGUAUAGAAUGUUUUUUUGGAGUAAUUUUUUCUUGUACAGUGGCAGAUUUUGUAUCAAAUGUACAUACAUUUAGGCAAAUUUUUUAUUAGAAAAUUAAGGUGUUUAAAUUAAGUUUCAAGCUUUACAUUCCAAAUUUUAAUGUGAGCAGGUUACUACUAAAAAUUUGUGCAUUUAUGAUCAAUUUAUUUCUUUAUUUGUUAUUUUCAUCAAAGCAUCGACACAAAAACUAUUUUUAGUGAUGACAAUUUCAUUAAAUUCAUAUUGUGAUACAAUGUAAAUACUUAGUUGUAUGUACAUAAUAAAAUUGUUCAUUUAACCAUC